AUGUUAUGGAGGAAAAAUUCAUCGGCAGGUAUUCUAAUAGCUGGAACUGGCGUUUCUGGAACUUCAUUGAACAAGUUUAGUACAACAGGUGGAUUAAAAAUUGAUUCACAAGGAAAUAUUUACGUUGUUGAUCAUGGCAAUAAUCGAGUAAUGAAAUAUGCACAGAACGCUACUUCAGGCACGCUCGUUGCUGGCAUUUCAGGUGUAGUAGGUAGUAAUAAUUCACUAUUCGAUCAACCGUAUGAACUUGACUUAGAUGAAAAUAAUUCUUAUAUUUAUAUCGCUGAUUUAAAUAAUAAUCGAAUUCAAAGAUAUCAAUUCGGUGUGCCAGAUAUUGGUAUCACGGUUGCCGGUGGAAAUGGUCCCGGAUCGAAUGAUAAUCAACUUUAUUGGCCUACUGACGUUUGUAUUUCGAAGAAGACCGGUGAUCUCUAUAUUUCAGACUUUGCUAAUCAUCGAAUUCAACGUUGGAGUCCAGGAGCAACAAGUGGAGUGACGGUCGCCGGCGUAACGGGAAUAAGUGGGACUAAUGCGACGUUAUUGAAUGGACCUUUUAGUAUCGCUUUAAAUCAUAAUCAACAUCGAUCAUCACAAGUAAAUAAAUCUAAUCAAAAACGGCACCGAACAUUAGUUAGAAUUGGUUUAAUCGUAGUAUGGAUUGUUUUGUUUAUCGUUGUUUAUUAUAUGUCACCAACUAAUGAUGACAAUCUCGAAGAAUUCGAUCCAUUUCUAAUAUUGGAUGUCGAUGAAGAAGCAUCAAACAAUGAUAUAAGACAUGCCUAUCAUGAAUUAAGUAAACAACAUCACCCGGAUCAAGGUGGUGAUCCUGAAAAUUUUAAAAAACUUGUUAAAGCCUACAAAAUUCUAACUGAUGAGACAGCAAAGGAAAACUGGAGAAUGUAUGGUAAUCCCGAUGGACAAAAAGAAUUACAUUUAGGUUAUGCUAUACCAUUAUGA